AUGUCGCAGUCACAGUCCGAAUUGCGCCGUCAAGGCAAGCACGAGAAGGCACGUGCCAAGAUGAUGGAGGACUUUGAGCGACAGAAGGCGGAUCUGGUCAAGGAGUCGGAGCGCAACCGCACAGGAGCGGAUCGGUUUGUCGGCAAGAACGAUUCCAUGGAGGAUGCACUGAAGAAGUCGACGAUCGGUCUCGUACAUCUUGAGGAUUUCCAGAAACUCCGAUCGGAGCUCGAAGAGGAAAAGAAGCGAGAAGCGGCACGUACCAACGAGCUCAAAGCUCACGACAAGGCGACCAAGAAGAACAAACAGGUGAAAAAGGAACGCGCAAAGCUUUCCUUUGCGUACGAUGAUGAGGAAGAGCAAGGCGGAGCAGGACCUUCAAUACCUAAGCUGGAAACGAGCGCCAAGAGGAAGCGGAGGUCAGAUGACAAUGCUGUUGAUGGCGACAAUGUCGAUCAACUCGACAAGGACCUAUCUCCUUUGACAAAAAAGACCAGCCUCAAAAACCCCAAUGUUGACACCUCCUUCCUUCCGGAUCGAGAUAGGGAAGAGGCACAACGUCGCAUGCGCGAGGAGUUGCGCCAGGAAUGGCUCCGAAAGCAAGAGGAAUUGAAACAGGAAGACGUCGAAAUCACCUAUUCCUACUGGGAUGGCACAGGCCAUCGAAAGACAGUGCUUUGUAAAAAGGGAGACACGAUUGCCCACUUCCUAGAGAAAUGCCGCCAGCAAGUGUCCGAGUUGCGCGGCGUGUCGGUGGACAGCAUGAUGUACAUCAAGGAGGAUCUCAUCAUUCCACACCAUUACAGCUUCUACGACUUUAUCGUCAACAAAGCAAGGGGAAAGUCGGGACCAUUGUUCAACUUUGAUGUACACGACGAUAUCCGUUUGGUCGCUGAUGCCAGUGUGGAAAAAGACGAGUCUCACGCUGGCAAGGUUGUCGAAAGAACUUUUUAUAAUCGCAACAAGCAUGUCUGGCCUUACAGUCGUUGGGAGGUUUACGAUCCGAAGAAGGACUAUGGCAACUACACGAUUCACGACCGAAAGAAGUAA